GUUCUGACGGCCAAAACAGAACAAAGAAGAGGAGAGAGAGAGAGAGAGAGAGAGAGGGAGAUGGAUAAGUAGGUGAGGUGGGCAGCAGGCAGAAGAGCGAAGAGAGAGGUUCCCUUCCCCAAACAGCUCACAGCGAAAAACCAAAACACUCACAAAUCUCACGUUUUGCUUUCUCUCUCAACAAUUUCAUCAAACACCUUGUCUGCAAGCUUCAAAAUUCCCCCUUCCAAUUCUGCGAAUGCUCUAGAAUCUCUCUUCUGUGUCUCUCCAUUCUUUCUCUAUCUUAUUCUCUGAAGGAAGAAGACAAUGGAGUCCACUGAGUCCUCCUACAUGUCGUCACCGGAGGCCCCACGGAGGCGCUCAUCGCCGCCGCCGCCCAAAUCACCGGGUUCGGAUUCUGCGGAGAAGUCUACAUAUGUUAGGUUUCUGGUGUCAAAUGCUGCAGCUGGUUCUGUUAUUGGAAAGGGUGGUGCAACAAUCACUGAUUUUCAAUCGCAAUCUGGAGCAAGAAUUCAGUUGUCGCGCAAUCAUGAGUUUUUCCCUGGAACAACUGAUAGGAUUAUUAUGAUUUCUGGAACAAUUAAUGAAAUAGUCAAGGCUGUGGACCUUGUUCUUGCUAAGUUACUGAGUGAGCUUCAUUCUGAAGAAACUGAAGAAGUGGAACCAAGAACAAAGCUGAGAUUAGUUGUUCCAAAUAGUUCUUGUGGUGGCAUAAUUGGGAAAGGAGGAUCUACCAUAAAGUCAUUUAUUGAAGAAUCACAAGCUGGAAUUAAAAUAUCACCACAAGACAAUAAUUAUUUUGGUUUGAAUGAUCGGCUGGUGACAGUAACAGGAAGUCUGGAUGAACAGAUGCGAGCAGUUGAUUUAAUUGUUUCUAAGUUAUCUGAAGACUCGCAUUAUGCUCAGUCUAUGAAUGCCCCAUUUUCAUAUCCAGCAGCGUACAAUGCAAUGAGUUAUGGACCACCAAAUGGGACUGGAGGAAAAUUUCAGAAUGCUAAGGAGGAUCGGAGUAACUCGGUUACGAUUGGCGUAGCAGACGAGCAUAUUGGGUUGGUUCUUGGUCGUGGUGGAAGGACCAUAACGGAGAUUAGUCAGGGUAGUGGAGCCAAGAUAAAGAUAUCUGAUAGGGGUGACUUCAUGUCUGGAACUACUGACAGGAAGGUGACAAUCACGGGGUCACAGAGGGCAAUCCAUGCUGCUGAGUCCAUGAUAAUGCAGAAAGUAUCCUAUGCAUCCGAGAGGGCAAUGGAUUAACUUUCCAAGCGUCAGAACUCAUUCUCUUUGAGAAUCUCGUGGUGGAGCUGCCCAAAUUAUUUCUUAUACAUUUUCUGGUAUUGAAGUGUGUCCACUUACAUUCUCAGAGUAUGAUAAUUUGGUUGAGAACAUCUGAAUGCUGUGGUAGGAAGCAAGAACAGGAAGAAAUUUCUUUUUGUCUGGAGAGCAAUUUAUAUUUUAUAGGGACUUAUAUGAGAUGACCUGUAUUUUCAAAAGGGAAAAUGUUGAAGAAAGCAAUUAUUUAUUGACUAAAGAGAAUGAUUAGCUUUAUUUCUUAAUUUAUACAGUUGUAACUUCUGAAUUUGUAGGUGUUGUCUGAAAUCAAGUUUGAUAAUGGAAAAUUUGUUCUUCUG